AAACCAGUAACGGAAAUGUCUGGCUCAAAAAAAUACCUUGAUUGGUUGAAGAAGGAAUGUGAUGAAGGUAAUAUAGCCUUUUAUGAAUAUUCCCUGUUCAGCAAUAUCAAGGAAAUUGGAAAAGGUGGGUUUGGAGUUGUUAGUUCGGCUGAUUAUGAUGAAGAAAAGGUUGCAUUGAAAAAUCUCAAAACUAGAGAAGCAACUAAAAAAUUUGUUAACGAG